AUGACAUCUUCCAAUCUGCCACGUGAUCGCAUUAUUGUCACGCCACGUGAGCUGAUUGUGCAAUUGGCUCACAGUAAAUCAGUUGACCUCGACAACGACAACAUUUAUUCCAACCAGCAAAACUACAAAAACAACAAUUACAACAGGAAUCACAACAACAAUCGUAACAGCCCCAUCAGUAACUCUAACAACAUCAACAUCAGUAAUCUGAAUAGUAAAAACAACACAUUGAGUAAAAAGCACACCUUCAACCAUCAAAACGUUUUUGAUUUUCAACAAGUUCAGCCGCAACAAAAUCCUAAGCAGCAGCAACAACAGCAGCAACAUCAGCAACAGCAAAAAGUGUCCAACCACAAAAUUACCAACAAUUUGACUGUUUCGACGCAACGACGUCAACAAAACAUGUUGCAGUUUUAUAAUGACAACAACCUCUCACAACAACCAAUCCAUCAACAACGACAUGUGCAACAACAAAAAGAGAACAAACAUCCAAUGCCGCGACAAAAACAUUUUCCACUCAACCACCUUGUAGACGGUCAGAAUAGUUUUGACCUUAGUCAUGCAAAACAAGAGCGCAGAAGAGAUGGGAAAACGGACAACAAAAACUCUUAUCAGAAAGAAAAUGUUAAUCCAUUAUUAUCAACGCGACUAUCAUCAUCUUCAUCAUCAUCUUCAUCAUCCUCAUCUUCAUCGUCAUCAUCAUCAUCAUCUUCAUCAUCGUCGAUAAUUACAUCUCACAACAAGCAUAAUCAACAACCACCUCCUUAUUGGUACCGCGUGAAGAAUGACAAAACCUACCACAACGACCACAACAUCGAGACGAUCAGCAACAACAACAAUGACUUCUUUUUCUUUUCAAAGAGCAAUAACAACUACAACAACGACAUAAAAAUUAGCGACAUAUCAAAUAACGGCCAAUUAAAUAUCUCCAACAAGCCAAAUAUUUUCGACGGCAUUAAAAUACAAAACAGUCACAAAGAUAUCAAUAACGUCAGUAACAAUAAACACAACAACAACAACAAGCACAACAACAACAAAUACAACACUAAUAACAGCAAAGACGAUAAAUUGGCACUCGACAUCAAUUAUAAAAUUAAAAAGACUGCACUCGAUCAGUCCUUUCAAAACAAACCCAGCAAUGAAAACAAAGUCAUAAAUCGUCGUCGCCAUCAUCAUCGUCAUCAUCAACCAACUCAAACGUCAUCAUCAUCAUCAUCAUCUUCUUCAUCUUCACUACCACCACAACAUCACCUGUCACGUGAUAUAGGGCACACCGUGCCGGUUCUUAGACCCAUCGAACCGGAGGCACCCAACCUUUACCACCUACUGGCCGAUCCAAUUGAACAACACGUCAAACAAAAAUCAAACAGUGGCGAAAAUCAUCGUCGUCGUCAUCGUCAACAUCUUCAUCAUCGUCAUCAUCAGCAUGGUACCAUUGAAGAUGAUGACGACAACCAUAGAGCCCAUACAAAAAGAAAUUACCACACCAACGAAUUCAUCAGUAGCAACGACAAGUUUUAUAACAACGAUAAUUACAACAACAACAACAAUAAUAAUAAUAAUAAUAAAAAGCGCAACAACUUCAAAAGUAUCACCGCCAACAGCGAGCAUGACGACAUCCUCAUUAGGAACUACAACGACCUAGCUGCAAAGCACCACCCACCGGACGAGAUCUACUCGCCGAACGUCAACACCAGCCACACGAACGAUCACAUACUCGACGCCCACUUCUCACGUAUUGAUCAAAUUCAUGCCCAAUCGAGAAACAAGUCAAUCAAACUAAAGCACAUUUUCAACGAGCGUGACGAGCACAACGUGGAUUAUUUGAAACUGGUCAGCAAUUGUCCUGCUGGUCAGUUUGGCCAUCCCGGCUACGUCCAGAUAUCCACUGCGAAAGUGUCUCUUGGACAUCGAUACAUCGAUGUUCAUUUAAAAUGUAAAAUUGUGAAACAUCUACAACAUGGACUGAUUAUUGACCGUUAUAAAAACAUUCAAGUACAGAGGAUAUGA